AUGUCCGAAGCCGAGCUUCAUCGUCGCAACCUCGAGCACCUGCUGGUAUCCGAGCUCCGCACCGGAUCGGACGACGGCUCUCUUAAAUGGCCACUGAAGCUCUGGGAAGCGUGUCGGAGAGAAACCGGAGAACGCCGCUCCCACGACGUCUUCAGAAACAUUCUCAAGAACCACGGCCUGGACGGAUUUCCUUUCCGGAGCGAUGUUGCGCUAGACGUCGCCACUAGGGCGGCUCACGUGCUACGGUCUUCUUCAAUUGCAGCAUUUGUGGAUGUCAAGGUGGAGAAGGAAAGGAGCGGUUCAAAAAGUCGCUUGAUAAUCCAGAUAGACCCUCCGGAAACUUUGUUUCGAGGCUUCGUCAAGAUGCGCGACGUGCACGACGAGUGGUUCCUCUCUGCUGUCGAACGGCUCACCGGACUGCGCGCACUCCCACAGCUACUCAAGCUAGAACAGGCACUGGUGGCUCUUGCAGGACAGCGAAAAAAGACCAAGAACUACGUUCGAAUGUCGGUCUCCCAACUCCAACACUCUCGGCACUGGAACUGGACCGUUUUCCUGUCCACCGUUUUCAAAGGGGUAACAAGGAUUCGCAAGGACACUCCGGUCCUUACCAAGGGAGGCUCUUUCCAACGACAGCUGCUCAAGAUCUUUGAGGUCUUUGGGACUUCUAACCUACUCAAUUACCUAGGAUUCAGAAUGUACGUUCGCUACGCCCUCUUCCUGAACUUCCAGGACUUUCCAGAAGUUGCGGCUAUAGCGGGGUCCCGACUCCCGGGCUGGGCAGACGGAGAUUCAAAGAAGGACGCCGCAGACCUUCGCUGUCUGAGGAUAUUGACGCAACGUAUGCCAGAACUUUAUGCUUACAUUUAUUGGAAUGCGUUCUUGAGAAACAGACACCAGCUGACCGAAUCUAUCGAAGGAAUGGUAGAGAACGCCAUGAACGAGGCGAUUCAUCACAUCGGGCACCUCAAUAUUACGCCUCAGUUGACCGCCAAAUUUAGAAACGACAUUUUCAAUUUACGAAAACAAAUAUUUAUUCCACAAUGGCUCAAACGAACACGGUCCCGCAUGGACUUUAGCAAACUCAUCUUUGAAAGCGCAGAAGAUUCCGAACUCAUCUCCUGGAACGAAAUACUAGAAGCCCAAAAGGGCAAUGCCCUGAGGAGGCUCACCCACGGCAGCUUCAAGACACUCUGGAAAGGGAGCGUCUUCGACGAGGAUCCGUGGUGCAGCGUGGACGAGGGCAUCAUCGUCGUCCCCAUCGCCUCUGUGGUGACCAAUCAAACCGGAGACGCCUUCCAAGUGCAUCACUCGUCCCGUCUCGGCGUUCGCCUGGUAGCUGCAGUGAUAGAGCACUUCACUGAUAUGGCAUUCCUGCACAAGUCCAAAUUCCCCGCCGUCCACCUCAGGCUGGAACUGCUCGGGAACUGUCUACAGAGGCAGUACUACCGAGACCGUCCCUCUAGCGAAGCCGCGAGCCACGAUGAUGCCAUCUACCUGCUGGCACUUCCAGCGGCUCUGCGCGUGUUUCAGCAGAGCGUCGCCGGCGGAAGCAAGAACUUGCGUCUUCCUGGCGUGCCAGGGUACAAUACGGAUCAGCUGUUCUUCAUCGAGUACGCCCUGGGCCGUUGUGAGGGCUACGAUGACGCCUACUUCCACCAAAGGAUGCACCACGGAGUCAGGUCCCCCGCACCAUUCACCGUGAAUGGCCCACUGAGAAACUUCAGACCGUUUGCCGAAGCAUUUGGGUGCCGUCGAGGCUCCUAUAUGAACCCCAGGCGAGUUUGCCAUCUAUAA